CAUGACGAGGCAAGCUGCAUGUGGUGACAGAUGUAUUCCUGUGGCCUGGCUCUGCAAUGGAGAGCGAGAGUGCCCCGAUGGGACCGAUGAGCAGUGUGAGGAAAUAUGCCGUGGACAUCCCGGAGCCUGGCAGUGUGAUGAUGGGAAGUGCAUAUCUCUCAGCUGGCUUUGUGAUGGUGUUGGGGACUGCUUAGAUGGCUCUGAUGAGGUUGACUGUGAGAGAUUGACAGCAUGUCCAGACCAAAAAGUCCGGUGUCCAGGAAGCUCUGAGUGCCGUGAUGCUUGGGAACUCUGUGAUGGCCCCGAGGACUGUGCAGUCGGGUCUGACCAAGCACACUGCCCCCGGGACCAUUGCCUGGCCGGGCAGUGGCAGUGCAAGAACAAGGUGUGUGUCAUGGAGACCCGGACGUGUGACGGCAUCAACGACUGUGGUGACUCUUCGGACGAGGACAUCUGCGCUUCCUGCCCAGAAGGCAUGGUUGGCUGUGAUAAAGGGAAAUGCAUCCUGGAAUCCCUGGUGUGUGAUGGGGAAGCAGACUGUGCUGACAGAACUGAUGAGCCCACUACAUGUGGUAAAAGCUGCUCUCUGGCCAACGGGGGCUGUGAGGGGCAGUGCAGCGAUGCCAGCUGGGGUGUCCGCUGUUCCUGUGGAACCGGAUGGCAACUGCAGCCGGAUGGUCAGAGCUGUGGAGAUAUAGAUGAGUGCUCUAUGGCAUACAGUCCUUGUGACCAGCUGUGUCAUAAUACACCAGGCUCUUACUCCUGUGGGUGUACUCAAGGUUACCAGCUCUACAAUGGCACCCGCUGCCAGGUUAUAGAACUCAAAACAGUGAACAGUGUCUCUUUGGACUGGUUCACGGGACAGUUAUAUUGGGCUAGCAGCUUUGCAAGGGUCAUCUGUGCUGGUUUAAGUGAUGGCAGAGGCUACGUCAGAAUCCUGGAAAAGGAUCUUGUGCCAGAGCAGCUAAUCGUGUUUCCUGUAAAGAAGUACCUGUACUGGGUAAAUCGAGGUCAGAAAGGCAUGAGGACUAUUGACACUGCAGGGAUGGAUGGCUCUGAUAGGAAGGUGCUUGCAGUUGUAAACAUGGAGGACCCUGUAGGACUGACACUUGACCAUGUGACUGGCAGGCUUUACUGGAUCAGUGCAUAUAAAGAGUCCAUAGAGACGGUGAACGUGGAUGGCAGUGGCAGGCACACCUUUCCUCAGAUCUUCUUGGAAGAUGAAGAACCAGUAGGACUAGCUGUAUUUGAGAACUCUUUCAUCUGGACAAAUAAAAUACAGCUAUUUCAUACUUCACCCCACACACCAAAGGAGAGAGUGGUGCUGCUAAAUGCUUCCAUAUCUGCUCUCUCAGUCCUCCACAAAUCCCAACAGCCUAAGAGCAGAUACCGGGCAUGUGCGCCAGGUUCUUGCAGCCACUUGUGUCUCCUGUCUCCCGUCCAUCCCAAGGGGUAUAAGUGUGUUUGUCCAGAGGGAAUGUCUCUUUUACCUUCUGGUUCUUGUAGUGACUUAAAACUAGUGUUUUCUUCUGGCAAACGGCUCUACUUGUUGAAAGUUGGUUUUAUGGGAACUGCGAUAGAGAGAACCCUAAUUCAAGAGCAUCCUAGGAACAUCCAUCUACUGGAUAUUGACUGGAAAAGAAACCUCAUCUAUUGGACAAGUGCCCAGGGACAUCUCUUCUGCUCAACUGGCUAUUCAGGAAAAAAGCAAGAGAUUUGGACAGAGCAUGCAGUCUGCUCAGCAAAUGUGGACAUAUCAACUGGGAACUUGUUCUGGCUGCCCUGUGAUAGAAGUAUUAUUCAGAAGACUAGAAUUACUGGCCCUCACACACAGACUCUCUACAGAACGAGCAGCAUUAUACUUCAUCUUCUUCUCGAUUGGCCAAGGAGGGUCCUCUACUGGGUAGAAAGUGGAAAACACUUGCAAAGUAUGACCCUUGAUGGCAAAAACAGACAGGAAGUCUGGAGAGGCACCUGGAUGGCGGACACUCAAAUGACCUUAGACCUCGGCUCAUCCAGCAUCCUCUGGACCACCAAAGAACAAGGGUUGCAAAGUCUAAGUCUCCUAAAAAAUAGGACAUAUACUUUGAACAAGACCUGGAGUGACGGCAUUAUUGCUGCCCAUGAGCCCUACCUGGUGACGAUGGAUGGAGCAGCGCUUGUGCUCUGGAACAGGAAGACGCUGGAGCCCUUCUCUGUGUCCAAAGAGCCACACGUAAAGAAAAUAAUCAUCCUGGCAGAGAACCAGGAGGUCCCAGAUCCCGGGGUUGAAGGAGCAGCCACAAUCACCCCUUCUACUCUUCCUCCACCACGCCCUCUACUUUGCACCCGAUCCUCUGUUCCCUGUCGGAACGGGAAGGAAUGCAUUUCUCGGGAGUACCUCUGCGAUGGCGAGCGUGACUGUCAGGAUGGCUCCGAUGAAGAGAACUGUUCCCAUUUGUGCAACAGACCAGGGAUCUUCCAGUGUCUGGACGGAAGCAAGUGCCUUGAGGAGAAGUACCACUGCGAUGGGGCUCAGCAGUGCGUGGAUGGGUCUGAUGAGCUGGACUGCUGGAAGCCCACUGAAGACUGCUCUGUACGUUGUGACAACAAGACCCGCUGUGUCCCUAAGAGCUGGCUGUGUGAUGGCAAUGCAGACUGUUCUGACAAAGAAGAUGAACAAGGCUGUAUUCAUGAAAAAUGCAGCAUAUCUGAAUUUAGAUGCAAAAACGGCCAAUGCAUAUCUUACUCUCUGCACUGUGAUGGGAACCGAGACUGCCUGGACCGCUCGGAUGAAGAGGGCUGUCCUGUUGCCUGGCCCCAGCAGUGCCCCUCGGGGGAGGUGAAGUGCCCAAGGAGUGGAGAAUGUGUGCUGACAGAGUGGAUAUGUGACCAUGACUUAGACUGCAAAGAUGGAAGCGAUGAGAAGAACUGUCACCCCGAGGAGCUGCGGUGCGGCUCCAGGCAGUGGUCCUGUGCCAGUGCAGACCAGUGCAUGCCGGACUCCUGGCGCUGCGACGGGCAGCGUGACUGCAGGGAUGGCAGUGACGAGGCUGCGUGCGCCCCGGAGAAGUGCGGGAGUUCUGAGUUCCAGUGUCGCUCCUCUGCCUGCCUCCACCUCAGCCUGGUGUGUGAUGGGAAGGAGGACUGUGCCGACGGCUCGGACGAAGGUGGACAGUGCUCCGCGUCAGCAUGCGGCCAAGCACAGUGCUCCCACACCUGCUACCCGUCCCCCCGAGGCCCUAUAUGUGCUUGUGAGCAAGGCUUCGAGCUGAAGAGCAGCGGUGGAAGCUGUGAGGAUGUGGAUGAGUGCCAGAGGUCGGGUGGUCGGCCUUGCAGUCAGACCUGUAUCAAUACCGAGGGCUCCUACCACUGUACCUGUCAUCCUGGCUACUUGCUGGAGCCAGAUGGCCACACCUGUAAAGCAACAGGUACUGAACCGAUCCUGCUUGUGGCCAUUCAGUUUAACCUGCUUCUCUAUGGACUAAGGAGCUUGAAAGAAGAUAUUCUGGCAGCUACAGAGAAGAACCUGGUUAUUUUCUCUAUUGACUAUGACUUACUGGAUCAGAAAGUCUUCUGGACAGAGCUCGGUGCAGAAAGUAUUAAGUGGAUAAGCAUGGACGCAAAGAAGAAAGGGACUGUAGUAAAAGGAAUCAAGUCAGACUGUAUGGUGGUCGAUUGGAUUGGGAGGAAUCUCUACUGGACAGAUGGCACAGCUGGCCAGAUUUUGGCAAUUCAGUUGACUGCUGUGUGGCGAGGAAAACCUGAAUACACAAUUGUCCUGGGUGAUAACUUAAAUCAGCCACGGUCUUUGGCUUUAGAUCCCUUAAAUGGGUUGAUGUACUGGUCUGAAAUUGGAGGAGAACCUCACAUAGAACAAGCUGGGAUGGAUGGUAGCAGGAGAAAAGUACUCAUCAAUAAAGGUCUUGGCUGGCCAACCAGCAUAGUUCUUGACCAGUUGAGUUGGAAGAUAUUCUGGUCUGAUGACAAAUUUCACUGUAUUGGCUCUGCCAAUCUAGAUGGCACUGGGAUUAGCAUGUUGCAGUUAACACAGAUCAAGAGCCCCUUUUCAGUUGCUGUAUUGGAGGAUGAAGUCUUCUGGUCUGAAACAAAGACAAGAACAGUACAGCGUAUGAAGAAGAUGACAGGCAAGAGCAGGGCUGUCCUCAUCAAGCGUAUUGAACAGCCUUAUGGACUCAAGAUAAUGCACGAAGUCCUACAGCCUAGGUCUUCUAAUCCUUGUCUGGACACUGGAUGUUCUCACUUGUGCCUUCUGAGCCCACAAUCCAAGGGAAGCUGUCAUUGCCCCGUCGGACUCCUGCUUGCAGAUGAUGGCAUCAACUGUGUCCCUGUCAAGGAGUCUGCCUUUCUGUUCCUUGUGUUGCCCACGGUUAUCAUACAGAUUUAUCUGAAAAACAUAGAAACUUUAUUAGGACAAGCAACUUUACCGGAACACAGGGUACUUCCCUUUACCAAUCUGAACCAGCUGGCAUCAGUGGAUUACCUUGUCCAGGAAAAGACACUCUACCUUUCAGAGUUGGGUAAUGGUGAUAUCAGACUACUGAGGCUCAAAGAAUCUGGAAAGCUUUCUUGGAGGAAAAUCUUAUCUGCGAAGGGGACAGUAAUCAACCUUGCUGUGGACUGGUUGAGUGGAAAUAUAUAUUGGAUUGACAGUGAAAACCCACAUAUCAAUGUAGCUUCAUCCAAAGGCCAGUAUUCCACUGUUUUGUUCAGCAACAAUCUGUCCCAUCCAACCUGUGUUGCACUCCAUCCACCCACUGCAAUCAUGUGCUUUGUGGAUCUGGGUUCCCAGGAUGGUGGUGGGCGUGGUUCCAGCAUCGACUGUGCCUCCAUGGAUGGCAUCAGGAGGAAGGUGCUGUGGCAGAAAUCCCAGGUCCCAGUGGGCCUGACCUUUUCAGACUCAGGGACCCGAGUAUACUGGGCUGAUACUGGGAGAGGAUUCAUAGAAAGUAUUCAACAAGAUGGCUCUAGAUACAGAGUAGACCGCAAAGGAAUUCAGGGCCUUAACCUCUUUACAUAUGGCCAAAGCAUGAUGUUCUGGACAACAAUUGAUGAUGCCCAAAUCACUAAAGUUUGGUACAGCAAGGCAGAACUUUCAGAAAAUCGGUGGUUCCAAGUAGACCUGAAGAUUGUGGAUUUAAAAGUUUACAGUAAACUUUCUCAACAGGGUAGUAACAGCUGCUCAAAAGACAAUGGAGGAUGUAGCCACAUUUGUUUACCAAACCCUGAAGGACAGACUUGUAAAUGUUCCAGUGGCUACUACUUGGCUGACACAAACAGAUGUAUUGAAGCUGUCCGAUGCUCUGCGCCAUUACAAACCUGUAAGGAUGGUCAGAAAUGCAUUUCCAUGGAGCAAGUGUGUGAUGGUCAUGCUGACUGUCUGGAUGCAUCUGAUGAAAUGGGCUGUGCCUAUCCAGAUAAAACCCAUUCAACACUAACACUUGGAAAGCUAGAGGCUGGAAAAAGGGUGACUCCUAAAGCUGCCCAACCUCUCCAGGCUGCCAAGCCCCCGAACACUAGAUAUGUGGGUCCAGAAGAGAUGGAUUAUCCUGUCAGAAAAACACUGAUCCCCUCGAUUCCUGAUAGAGAAAGCAAGACCUCAGAAACCAAUGAAAAAGGGAAGCUUCUUCAGCCCAAGGACCCUCAGGGGGCAAAACAUCUGCCCUGUAGCAGCGAUUUCUGUAAUGGGAGGGGAAUCUGCACCGUGGAAGGAGAGCUGAGAAGAUGCAGCUGUCCCAUGGAAUACGGUGGGGACUUCUGUGAAGAGGCAGCGCGUGGACCUGGUCCAGGCUACAUCGCCCUCAGCUUCACCAUCACCUUGCCAGUUGUUCUGGUAGCUCUGGGAGCAUUUGUGUAUUUCAGAAAAGAACGUGAACGAAAAAGAAAUAGUACAGCCUCAUCAAGAAAUUUGAACAGCCGUGAAGAACAUGACCAAGAAGAGGAGAAUCUAAUGAGCAGUGAGACUUUUGUCAAUGAAGCCUAUGAUGAACAGGAAUUGUUGACCUCUUUGCAAACUGAUUAAUCUGCUUUUUUUUUUUUAAAAAAAAGGAGCGGAAGCAUCUCAAUAAAAACUGUU